GAAGCGUACACCUAUUUCGGUGUGCGUGAACAGAACAAUCCUUUCCUCUACAUCGUAGUUCCUGAGCAUCUGAGAAACUCGACAAUACAUGAGCAGCUGCUGAAGAAUAGUAAAGAACUCGUCACUCCUCACGACUUGCACUCCACCUUGAAGGAUAUUCUUUAUUUCCAACCAAAAUCGAUGUUCACGGAUUUGAAGUAUAAACGCUUCGACAGUAAUCGGUAUGGUUCCUCUUUGCUGAGACAGUUUGAAAGCGGUGUGAAGCGAACCUGCAAGACGCUUCCAAUACCUUUUCAAUACUGCAUAUGCCAGUUCAAGAAGAAAAGAGUC